UGCUAUUAUACAUCUCCCCCUAUUUACCAACUUGAAUUAGUUUAAACUUAAAUGGAAUAUUUUAGGUUCAAACUUAUAUCAAUCUAACCCUUAUUUGGAUUGGAUUGGAAUCCACCCCUAGCAGAGAGCUGCCUGGUUUUAUUGUUUUAUUUACUCUCUCUUCCCCGCCGUUUUCGACCGUCGAUCAAGCACCUAGGGUUCUUAUGGCGACUGCAAAGGGAUACUCAGAACGUAUUCGUUUGAUAUUCUCAGAAGGAUCAAUUUCAGAAACGAAAAAGACUUCUCCGAUGGCGGAACUGAUAAUCGCUAUAGGUUUUUUCCUUCUCGAUCUUAUGGACUAUUUAGGUGAUCUGAUAGCUCCGAUAAUCUCAUCCUGUAUUCGUAAGUUCCGUUGUGCGAACGAGCUAGAUGAAUUCUUGGCUUUUGCCAAUUUAGACCGAGUGUUUGAUUCAGGUCCCGUACUGGCCAAAUCCUGGAAUUUUAGGACCAAAUUCUUUGAACGAUUGCAGAGAUUUGAUAGAGGGAGUACUAUCAUUCCACCAACAAAAAAUUCUUUUUUGACUCCAACAUCUCCUCAAGAGCAUGCUAAUCCGAUUCAAUGUCAAACUUUCUGUUGUAAUGGAGAUACAGUUCAUAACCAACAAACUGAUCCAACUGGUGAACCUGUGGAUUCACCUCUGCACAACCAAAUUGGUAAUGCAUCAACAUCAUUUGGUAUUGAAGCCGGAAGGGAUAUUGAAGCCAGAGGGACCAGCUCAAACGAAACAAGUUCUUCAGAUGCUGAUAAUGAAACUGGAAAUUCCUCUCCUGGGACAGGAAACCAAAAUCCACCUCCUGAUGAUGAUGAUGUAAUCGAUGAAACUCCACCAACUGAUGGAGUAAACCUGACUUCAUCUAAUUAUGACUAUAAAGGUAAAAAUGAACUUGAGUUUGUGUUCAUGGUUGGAGGUCAAACAAUUGCCACAGUGAUUGCAGCUUUUUCAUUGAAAAAUACAUCUGAUGUGUCUACUGAAGCCAUGGUCCUUCAGCAUAUUGUUUUAGGUUGCAUGUUUGUCAGCCUGACUUCUUUAUUCUAUGGUUUAUUACUGUCUGUCUAUAAACCACGCAGCCUAGCUACACGGGUGGUAAGGGUAAUCGGCUAUACUGCAAUGGCGCUUACUCUUUUGAUCACUACUGGCCUCAAUUUGCCCAACAAGCUGAUGAUUGGGGUCACUGCAGUGCUUUGCACUCUAUGUUUGCCUGCAGUUAUUUUCUAUGCUGCGAACCCGGGGUCUGCUGGUUUAUAGGUAGAGACAUGGUGAUUGUAAUUUUAGGGUUCUGUGAGUUAUUUUUAGAUAUUCCAUACACAUUUGGAAAUGUUUUUGAAUUGUUUCUCUGUGCUUAGUGGGGGGGUCAGUUAUUGUAUAGAAACUAAAAUUUUCAUUUGAAAAGCUGUUCAUUGAAAAAAAGUGAAUGAAAUAUUUUUAAGCGCCCUAAAUAUGCUCUACUACAAUUCAACCA